AUGCUCAGUGUCAUAAAAAACGAGGGGUUGGCACCUGGAGGAUUCAAUUUUGAUGCUAAGUUGCGGAGGGAGAGCACGGAUGUGGAUGACUUAUUCAUUGCUCAUAUUGGCGGUAUGGAUACCCUUGCACGUGGACUUCGAAACGCUGCCAAGCUGAUUGAGGAUGGUUCUUUAAAUGAGCUUGUUCGCAAGAGAUAUCAGAGUUUUGACACAGAAAUUGGGGCCCAAGUAGAAGCUGGAAAGGCUGACUUCGAAACCCUUGAGAAGAAGGCCAUGGAAUGGGGAGCACCCAAAGUUCCUUCUGCUAAGCAGGAACUUGCAGAGAUGAUUUUCCAAUCAGCAUUGUAG